AACUCCCCCGCAGCUGAAAGAAAAGACACUAGGGAGCGGAGAGCAGCGGUUAACUUGAGGCGCCCGAGAAGUUGAACUUAUCCAAAAACCUUGAGAUUUGACCAUCGCCGAUCAAACACAAACACACCCGCGUCGAGCGAGUUAAAAGUAACUUUCACGUCAUAGAUCGAAAGACCGGGCGGACGAUUGUGUUACUUUUUGAGUUACCUCACUUUUGGGUUUUAUUGUACCUCAGCCUUCGAGUCGCUGGUGGGACACAAGUAUGCGGAGCAUUUGGAUUGUGUUCUUGAUCGGGUUGGCGACCGGGUAUCUCAGUGAAAAACUCCUGGUGUCUUCCCAGACCUCUCCCGGAUCAGAUGAUAUGUACCUGGAGGGUCAGUCGUCGGGGGGCAUCCCUUCCGACGACGAAGAUGAUGAAAACAAUAUCUCAGGAUCCGGAAUGAGUGAAUUCGACACAACGGAGAUCCCAGAUAUAAUGAACAAGACAAGGAGCCUGGACUUUAAGACUGUGACCCCGGAUGGUACACUGGCGACCACUAACUCACCGACCAUGAUGCAGGAUGGUACAACCCCUGCAUACAUGAUCCAAGCCGAGACUGAGGUAACAGGGCUGGAAGCCUCAGAAGAACCUGAAAUUGAACCUGAUACCGCAGUCCCUGUGUUCCCCACCACAUGCACCGAGGACUGCGACACCAGAGGCGGGGUUACCUCGGACGACGACAUCAUCCUGCCUGAGGAGAGUGACAGGGUCUUAUCUAAAGCCGGCUCGAGGGAAGAGAUGAUUGUGGAACCGGAAUUCGUGUCUGAUAACAUGUGGCAAAGGACGGAGGUGCUAGCUGCGGUGAUAGCGUGCGGCGUGGUCGGGUUCCUGUGCGCCCUUUUCCUGGUCCUGUUCAUCGCCUACCGCAUGAAGAAGAAGGACGAGGGGAGCUACGCGCUGGGCAUCGCCAAGGUCCCCCCCAGUGCCUACCAGAAGCAGCCCCCCAAAGAGUUCUACGCCUGAACCUCAGCUGACCUCGACGGGGGGCCGCCAGCGCCCUGGGGGGGCCGUGUGUGCUCUCGUUGCGUCUGACAAUCAGCACUCAAAAGACACGGGGCAUUAUCAAUCAUUCGAUGUCUGAAGGGAGAGUGUUUCGUGUUUCGUUCGAAGAGAAACCCGACACCGCGAAUCAACCAACCCCCCCCCCCCCAAACGCAACCGUUUUUUCAGAUUGGCCAACCGUCGGUGACAUCACCUUGUCUAACAGAAUGUUGUCACCGAUUCACAAAGAGAUACAGCAGUCCUUUUGAGGGGAGGUCGGAGUGGGUCAGAGCUUUGGAUGUCGUCCCAGGGAUUUGAGUUUUUCUGUUUUUUAGCGUGGCUUUUUGCUCUGCAACGCUUUUUACUUUUAGUCGAGCCUCCUCCCCUUUCACCCCUUUCUGUCAUUUAGUCUUCUUUUCCCAUCGCCGCCUGCCUUAUUCUCUGAAUUAUGAAUGAUUAGACGGAAACCAAAAUGUCAGACUGUCCAAAUGGUAAGGGGAUUUAACGGCUGAUGUGUAUUCGAAGGCUCAAGAAAUUAAAACAAAAUAAUAUCGUAUUCAGUUAGUCACUCAACCUCACUCGUCCACUCCUCAUGGGACGGUGAAGUACAUCAGUAUUGAGGACUUUGUACAUGUCAGACAUCCAUUUACGACAGCUUUACCACAUCGGGCUGGCCCUGUUCAUGCAUUUAAAGGUCCCAUGAAAUGCCACCAGGUUUGAGUGUGAUUAGCCGUUACAAGCCGUUUUGAAAAUCUGCCCCUUAUGACAUCUUAAGUGGGCGUGUCCACCUAGAUGUGUGACGGAUAGAUGAGCAACGUUUGCUACAGUCCACUGGGUAGGCUGGUAGACUGAUCUAUCCAGCACACAUCUAGGUGGACACGCCCACUUGUGAUGUCAUAAGGGGGAGAUUUUCAAAACGCUUGUAACGGCUAAUCACACUCACUCCUGGUGGCAUGUCAUGGGACCUUUUAAGAUCGAUUUAAUUUAUACUUUCAGAGAGCUGUAGCCAAACCAGGACCCGUUCACUUCAGCAUUGUAGCAAAGUUUAUAUCAACAUUUAAACACGGACAAGUGUUCAUCCUUUUUGAACCUAAGGAUGAACACUACUUUUUGGUACUAAAUAUAGGAUUAUAAAUAUUUUUGUUGUGAACUGCAUUAUGUAAUUUGUCCUCUUUACAUGAGGUAAAGAUAUAUUUUGUUAUCCUUUCGUUUAGGAAACAAGUUUGAUUGCUGCAUUUUGUUUGCCUUUUUCGAUUGAUUAUUAUUUUUCGGGAGAUAUGAAUGUUUGAUUCAUCUACCUUUUUUUUUUUUUGCUAUGAAAAUGUGUUACUGGACCAUCUUUUUUGAUUAUUGCUUUCAAUGUUUUGAGAAAAAGUCAAAUAUAAUUGCGAAUAUCUUU